GUGGGUUUGUGCCCAUAGGUGACGUUGUUGCCGGUGAUGUCUGGUAAGGACCUGCCUUACAACAGGCCUACAAGCCCUCAGUCCAGCCUCUCUGUCUAUUGCAGACCAUCUGAGCACUGAUGGAGGGAUUGUGCUUUCCUGGUGUAACUCAGGCUGUUGUUGUUGUUGUUGUUGCCAUCCUGCCCCGUUCCACAGGUGUGAUAUUUGGAUGUACCGAUCCUGUGCUGGUGUCUCCCUGUAGUGCUGUCGUAGGCGUCUCUCAGUACAGACAUGGCAAUUUACUGCCCUGGCCACAUCUGCAGUAUCCAUGCAGCAUGCCUAAGGCACAUUCACGCAGAUGAGAAGGGACCCUGGGCAUCUUUCUUUUGGUGUUUUGCAGAAUCAGUAGAAGGGUCUCUUGUGUCCCAAGUGUUUUAUUUAUUUAUUUUUUUAAUUUAUUUUAUUUUAUUUUUUUAUAUAACUGGACCUCAAUUCCCCGAAAUGUCCAGAAACUUGCAAGUGCCUUGGAGGCAUCAAUUUUUCCGCGUUUUUUGCCGAGUUUAGUUCAAGAGAAUUGCAACCAUUUAAACUAAAAUCAAACUUGACCUCUUGGAGUGUAGUAAAGAUUUCAAAAGUCAGGCUGAUUGGUUCCCUGGCCUGAAUCGGGCGUUGGUAUGGGAGGAGGGCAUUGUCGGGCCAUGAGGAUGGACACCUGGUGCCGAGUUGCAUUAAUCAGCAUGAGAAAGGGGAGCUGGAGAUACCAGUUCGAGAGACAUGCACAGAGCUGUGUGUGUGCUUUAAUGUUUUUGUUAUGCUGAAAAGCAGUAUUAUGUUGUGCUUGAGUCUUUUGGUUGUUGGCCCGGUUCCUGCUUCCUUUCCGAUAAGCAAGAGAUCUGUCUGCUACUCAUACCAGACUGAGGACAAGAAGAAUAUCACUAGACUCCAGGAUCUGGUUGAUAAGCUGCAGCUGAAAGUCAAGGCCUACAAGAGGCAGGCUGAGGUGGAGGAGCAAGCCAACACUCCCCUGCCCAAGUUGAGGAAGGUGCAGCAUGAGCUGGGAGAAUCUGAGGAGCAUGCUGACAUUGCUGAGUCUCAGGUCAACAAAAUUGAGCUGUGAUGCUGGAAAGUUACCACAGAGAGUCGGGACCUCGGUUGAACGUCUCAUCUGAAAGACAGUGCUACUUGCAGCAUACAGAGCCACCCUUCAUAUCACACAUUUCACAAAACGCAAGAAACAGCUCUCUGCUCAUGAAGUUGGCACAUCAAGAAGACUGUCAAAUGUAAGAAUACACGUGGAAAGAGUCAUUGGUCCAUGGAAGAAAUUCAAAAUUCUGUAAUUCCACUUACACAGACAUCCUGGAUGAUAUGGUGGUAGUGUGCGGGGCAUUAACAAAUCUUUGCCAAAGUGUAGUGCCUAAAUGAUAGACACACUAACAAGGCAGCUAAUCAUUCACAAUGUGAAAAAGAAGCAAAAUGCUCACAGGUUGAACUAAAAUGGUGCUACACAUGGUACAUUUCUAAUGUUUCACUGUUCUAGUGUGUCAGUGUUAACUGUGGGAUGUUUUUU